AUGCUCAAACAUCACCUCUUUACAUGUCCAUCACCACUAUCACCCAACCACAACAACAACAAUAACAACGAGUGGCAAUUGCCACUACAACAUGAGUCUCCAUCAUCAUCACUCCUCACCUCCAUCCGAGUCUACGGCACUGGCAUACUUGUCAGGAUGAUGAUCAUGAUCAUGGUGUUGGCAGUAAUGACAAGUCAUAAUGUGAUGGCACAAAACUAUCCAUGUCGAUUCGCUUCCGAUUAUUCCACCAGAGAUUUUGCAAAAGAAGAGAGAGGUUCUUCUUCUACAAAACAAGUCCAUCACAUGAUGUUUAAAGAAUACAAAUUGGGAGAUAAUCAAAAAAUUGAUUCCUUCUUAAUGAAUGUGAGUUAUUGGGAAGGAAAAUUUGCAGUUCAUGGUGUUGGAUUGAAUAUGUUCUCUGCAUUGACCUAUGAUGGCCAUCAAAUUGAUUAUGAUACUUCACGUCUUCAUGAACCACUGCAUGCAUUUUCAGCUCCUUCCAAAGAAUCUCUUCAUUUGAACAUGAUGGCAUUGGCUCUCAAUGGACAUGCAAUUGCAAGAAAUUUUUUCCUUUCUUCCAUGCAACAUUCGAGUUUAGUCACACCAAGUGAUCGAACAAAAUCGAGUGCAUCAUCGACCUCCUCAAAAUUAAGAAUGGAAAUUUCCCAACAAGAUAUUGAUACAUUCAUCUUGUCGACUCUAAAAACAAAACUAAAGAGUUAUGAAUUGUUUGACAAUAGAUAUCCUGGUUUUGGAAGUUUAUUACCAUGGUUCAAAGUUGAGGAUGAAGGAGCUGAAUUAUUAUGGGAUUGGCCCAAUAGAAUUCCCUCUCUUGAUAAUGGACAACUGAUUUGGGCUCUCAUUGGUCUUGAACAAGUGUUACGGGAAAAGAAUAUUGGAAUUGAUCUUGCAAAUACAAUUGAAGCAAAAAUUAAGAAAAUUUCAAAAACAGUUAUACCCUUAUUUUAUGAAGGAAAUGGUCUUGUACGAUGUGUUACAACGAUUAAGGAUAUUUAUGAAAACCCAUUGAAUGUUUCAAAUUAUGAGACUGAAGGUUUUUGCUAUCUCGAUGAUCCCUAUGAGGGAGAAUUGAUGGAUCUCUUCAUGGACAUGAUGGCUGAUUGGAAAAUGUUUGGCUAUCCGAAUAAUGAAAGAGAAAAAAUUUGGAUUGCCAAGAGACCUAAAUUACGUGCUGUGAAAUAUCGAUCCAAGAAUUUUGGAGACAUUUUAGUGGAGGAAGGUUAUUGGUACAGCGCUCAUGAAAAGUGGAAAUAUCUUGUUCUUCCUUAUUUGGAUAUUCCUGUAAAUAGACAAGUUUUCUUGAAUGGGGAACGAGCUCGAUUGAUAAACUCUGUUGAAAAUGGAAUACCAGGUUUGUAUGCAAGUGUUACACAACCCGUGAAGCGAGGUGACUAUAAUCCUAAUUAUGCGAGUGCAUGUGGUAUUCAACAAAUUGCAAGUCAAUAUGUGGAACAUACGGAUAUUAUUACUCCGUAUGGAUCUUUUCCAGUCAUGUUGGCCGAUCGAAACAUUGGUCUCAUGUGGUAUUUGAACAUGCUUCAAGGAACAAAAAUGCAAGGCGUUCACGGCUCUACAGAAUCAACAAAUAUUACAGGUACAGCCAUUUGUCCAGUUGUGACAUGGGAUUCUAAAAUUACAACCCUCGUGUCGAUUUGUGGAGGCAUUUCUACCUUCACUUCGAGAUAUAUGAAAGAGAGAGGAAUUUAUGAAAGAUUUUACAACGUGAUUGAAAUUGAAUGGACUCGAGUAUUUGGUAAUGGUCCAUUUCCUGGUUCUGAUAUUUCUUUUGAUGUAUUACGACCUCCUUUACCAAUUCCACAAAAUAUGAUUAAUUUUACUCAGUGUGCAAGAACACCCUCGAAAUAUGUGUAA